GAGAACAGCUCAUUUUUGUCGAAGCAUAAUGUGCCAACAACCUCAGUCCAGCACCUAUCUACCGCGAUCCAGCCUCUAGAACUCUGUACGCUAAUAAGUGGUUAAUGACAGGCCAGUUGGUGAUAGAAGCACCGGGCUAUCGAAAGUAUCCAGUUCAAAUCCUUCCCAUAAACGUUGACCAGAGCAUCUCCUACAUAACAAAUCAUAUUGUUUCCAGUACCGUGUCAGACAAAGAACCCACUGUUUGUAGUUAUAUGCCGGACCGUUGGAGGAAAGUGGAAGUUUCUGCUUUAUCUGUUGCUUGGCAGAGGCAGGCGUCAGCUCAAAGAUGUGCCUCGGAGAACAAGAAUCCCACGACUUUUGGAUGGAGCUGUCACACUCUCCUUACAGGGAAGAAAGACUAGGAAAUCAAAAAUGUCUUCACUAAAAUGUCUGAGAGAGGCUGGCGGGAUCAUCUGGUCAUC